AUGUCUGGUACAGAAAAAGAUAAUAUCUUUUUAUCUAGUGACACUAAUGAAAAAAAUCUUACCAAGGGUGAAAAAGGCAGGCGUUCUUCAUCCUCUUCAACUACUUCAAGAGAGAGUACUAAUAUUCAUGAUGUCAUCUCUUUUACUGAAACAGAAAUUGGGGCUAAAGACCAAAUAAUUACACAAAUUUUGUCCCCAAGCGGGAAAGAAGUUAAUGUUACUGGUGACGUAGAUGACGCAAUGAAAUUGGCUUUAGAGGCAAAAGAUCUACAAGUCACCCCUGAAGAAGAUCGUAAAUUACUAAGAAAAAUUGAUUUUUAUAUUUUCCCCUUAAUAUGUCUUUUAUAUGCUAUCCAGUUUAUGGAUAAAGUUACAAAUGGUAAUGCAGCUAUUAUGGGUCUAAGAACAGAUUUGAAAAUGCAUGGUACAGAAUAUUCCUGGGUUGGAUCUGCAUUUUAUUUUGGUUAUUUAGGUGGGUUAUUUGUAAUCCCCCCACUAUUACAGAAAUCACCUUGGUUCAUGAAGAGCGUGAGUAUCAUUGUUAUUCUAUGGGGGAUGGUUUUGGCGUGUCAUGCUGCUCCUUCAGUUAAUUAUGCCAGUUUCAUAUUUUUAAGAUGUUUAUUAGGGUUUUUAGAAAGUGCCAUCACGCCCUCAUUUACCAUUUUAAUGUGCCAAUAUUGGAAGCAAGACGAGCAGUUUGUCCGUAUUUGCUUUUGGUUCGGUUGUAAUGGUCUGGGUGGUAUUUUAAGUAGUUCUAUCUCUUAUGGCUUGUUUAUACAUAGCGCAAGUUAUUCCAUGAAAGCCUGGAGAGUUUUGUUUGUUAUUACUGGUAUGAUGACCAUAUUCACAGGACUUUUAAUGUUGCUGCAUAUUCCUGACAAUCCAUCCAAAGCUUGGUUUUUAAAUGCUCGUGAAAAAUUGAUGGUUAUCCAAAGGAUUAAAUCCAACCAACAAGGAUAUGGGAACCACCAUAUUAAAAAAUACCAAAUUAUUGAGGCUUUCAAAGAUAUUCGAACUUGGUUAUAUUUUUUAUUUUCGGUUUGUUCUCAAAUCCCUAACGGGGGGAUGACCAAUUUUUUUUCCAUCUUGCUAAAUGAAAGUUUCAAGUUUGAUACCAAGAAAAGUUUAUUAAUGAAUAUGCCCGGUGAUGGCGUAGAAUUGGGUGGAUGUCCACUUUUUGGCUUGUUGUGUGUUUAUUUUGCCUAUAAGAAAUUUCGUCACUUUAAAUGGUUAGGCCAUAGUUUGGUGUGGGGAUUUAUUGCCAAUAAUUUAGUUAUUGUGGGUACUUGCAUGUUAGCCUUUGCAGACAAAAGUAAAAAAGCUAGAUUAGCAGGUGCUUAUAUUUGGUUUAUUCUUCCUGUUGCAUUUAUUUGUACCUUAUCUAACAUUAGUUCGAACACAUGCGGGUAUACAAAGAAGUGGACAGUAUCAUCCAUCAAUUUGAUGGCUUAUUGUGCUGCUAAUAUUGCCGGUCCACAAACAUUUAUUGCUAAACAAGCACCUAAUUACAAUGGUGCUAAGAUUGCUAUGGUUGUUUGUUCUUGUGUUGGUUCAGUCAUUUUGGCUUUGUUAUAUAUAAUUAAUGUUAGAGAAAACAAAAAAAGAGACAAAGUAGCUGCCGAAAGAGGUCCAGAAAGGGUUGUUGAGAACUUGGAGUUCGCCGACCUAACUGAUUUUGAAAAUCCACAUUUCAGAUAUGCUUUAUGA